UCAAAAAAUUGAAAUCCUUAAGUCUUGCUGCAAAGGAAAAUUUAAUCCUCUAUCACCAUGGCCGGAGGUACAGAAGCUUUUCCCGAUCUUGGAUCUCACUGCCAGCAUUCCGAUUGCCGCCAACUCGAUUUUCUCCCGUUUAAAUGUGAUGGCUGUCGCAAGGUGUUCUGUUUGGAGCAUAGAUCGUAUAAAUCUCACAAGUGCCCUAACUCGGACGAUAAUAAGAGCCGGAGAGUAAUCGUUUGCGAAAUCUGUUCCGUGUCGAUAGAGGUUACCGGACGGGAGGAGGAAGAUGAGAAGAAGAUAUUGGAGAGACAUGAGAAGUCCGGAGAUUGUAAUCCGAAGAAGAAGAAGAAACCGAUGUGUCCGGUGAGACGGUGCAGGGAGACGUUGACGUUUUCCAACACGAGUACCUGCAAGACCUGCCAAGUGAAGGUGUGUCUCAAGCACCGGUUUCCAGCUGAUCACGGCUGCAGGCAGGCUGUUCCUGCCGUAGCGGCAGCAGCAGGUCCCAUUAAGGGGAGAUGGAACGAGAGGUUUCUGGUUGCUUUGGCUUCAAGGAAUGGCAAAGAUUGUGCAAAGAGCGGCGGUGGCGGAACAACAUCUACUCCAACCACUCCAUCUGUCAAGGUCUCUUAAGAUUACAAGAGUGUGCAAGAUUUUUCAAGAAAUCACGAGCUCUAUAUAAUUCCUCAAAUUGAAUUUUACAAUGACAUGUUAAUGCAUUUAGUUCUGCUUGCCAAACACUAAUUGCAAAUUCUUAUACUACAGAACCAAGAACUAGGAAAAUUACAUACGAGUUAAACCAAUCAUUUUAUCACCAAAUCAACAUAUGGAUCAAUAAAGCCUAUUUUCUAAUUGAUACAAAGUCACAUUUCUUCAAAUCCAGUUCUCUUAGACCAUUCUUGCAUUGUCAACCAUACAUACAAAAUGAUUUGGUGGCGUGAGAGCUCGCAAAAUUUUCUUUCUUGGACCCUGUAAAUCAAAAAGCCUCUAUAAGAGAGAAAAUUUGAAGAUUGAGAAUGAGAACUAAUGUCGGUGUAAACAGUCUUUUUCAUGCUA